UUGCCUCUCCAGUGUUUGAGCUGUGUGAUACAUUAGGCUGAGUACAGAGGAACAGUGCCAGUCAUUUCUUGCAGAGAGUUGAUCAUGAAAAGACUUGAAGAAUCUCAUGUGCUUGGUCUCCUGGGAGAGUGUGUUUCGACACCCAAGAACAUUCUCCAUACAUCGUCCCUAACCCUCAGGGCCAAUGGAUCUGGGUCAACGACUUUCUUAGAGAGGAGAGCCACCCAAUUAACUUUGAUGAUUUUUGGUGGACGAAAUUUGGGUGGGACUGGUACGAAUGUGCCUAGAUUAAUAUUGCUUGAAGGAAUGAAGUAAUCAGAAGAAAAACAAGUUUGUUAAUCGUGACCUAGGAGAACGCAACUG